CGGGGAAGGGGGGCAGCUGAGGUGACCUGGCUCCGCCAUCUUGUUGUACGGCUGGCCUCGGCCCCUGUGUUGGGAGGGGUGAGGGAGCUGGGGGGAAGGGCCAACUGGCCGGAGAUGGUGAUCUGCUGCGCGGCGGUGAAUUGCUCUAACCGGCAGGGGAAGGUGCAUAGAGGAGCCGUCUCCUUCCACAGAUUCCCUCUAAAGGACUCAAAACGUCUGAUCCAGUGGUUAAAAGCUGUUCAAAGGGACAACUGGACUCCCACCAAGUACUCCUUUCUCUGCAGCGAGCAUUUCACCAAAGAUAGUUUCUCCAAACGGCUGGAAGAUCAGCAUCGGCUACUUAAGCCGACAGCUGUGCCAACCAUCUUUCAGCUCACAGAGAAGAAAGACGACAACCAGGAUUAUGUCAAAAGUAGAAUUAAAAUAGCGGGCCAAAUAUCUGUGAGGGAUGGAGAUCAAUCAAGGGAAGGAGACUGUGAGGUAGUUGAGAAAACCUCAUAUUCUGACCAAGACUUUAUGGUAAUGCAAGGGACUAAAGAGAUGGAGCAAGUGACUCUGCAAGCUGAAAUUGGGUCAAUGUCUGAGCAAGGAGAGAAUGUCUGUGGGCAGUUGGAAGGGCCUCUGAGAAGGAUGUUAGUCGAUAAUUUAGUCUCAAAGACAGGAGUCCAGAAAAAGCCAGAAAGACCAUCUAUGGAUGAUUGUUCUGAAAGCGCUGUCCAUACUGAGAGUUGGAUAACAGAUAGAAGUGGUAUAUCAAUUGAUGACUUCACACCUCCAGUAUCUGGGGCUUGCAAAUUUAUUGGCUCCCUCCACUCUUACAGCUUUUCCUCUAAGCACACGAGAGAGAAGCCAUCUUUCCCAAAAGAGCAACUUGAGAAGAAAAGGCCAAAGAGAGAUGUGGAACCAAGCUGCAGCAGCAGUAUCAUGGGGCACAAUAAGACCUUAGCAGAAAGCUCCCCUAAUUCAUCACUUACUGCAACCCCUCAGAAACCUUCCCAAAGUUUGUCAGCAUCCCCUGCAGACCUUACCCCUCAGCCAGCAACAGAGGCUGUGGUAGGGCAGAAAGGAGAGACAGAUGCCAACCCCAUGUCAAUCAAUGAGGUCAUCAUCUCAGCCUCAGGAGCUUGCAAGCUCAUUGACUCCCUCCAUUCAUACUGUUUCUCCUCUAGGCAAAGCAAAAACGAAGUGUGCUGCCUACGGGAGCAGGUGGAGAAAAAGAAUGGAGAGCUGAAGCUGUUGAGGCAGAGAAUCAGCCGCUCUGACAGUCAAGUCAAGAAGCUGAAGGAGAAGCUGGAUGAACUAGAGAAGAUCAGUUUCCCAUACUUGAACAGUCUGCUGUCCCAGGACUGUGAGACCCCCCAGCUAAACCCUAUGAUUGAGCCUCUGUCCUGGAUGCUGGGCACCUGGCUGUCAGACCCACCAGGAGAUGGUGACUUCCCUACGAUGAAGCCCUUUCAGUACCUGGAAGAGGUGCGCAUCUCUCAUGUGGGGCAGCCCAUGCUGAACUUUUCGUUUAAUGCUUUCCAUCCAGACACCAGGAAGCCAAUGCACAGAGAAUGUGGAUUCAUCCGCCUCAAACCUGACACUAACAAGGUGGCCUUCAUCAGUGCCCAGAACACAGGUCUUGUGGAGGUGGAGGAAGGAGAAGUGAACGGGCAGGAGCUGUCUAUAGCUUCUCACUCUAUAGCCAGGAUCUCCUUUGCCAAGAAGCCCCAUGUGGAGCAGUACUUUUGUUAACCAACCAAUGGCAAUACACACCCUGCAAUCUGGUAAAGAAGAGAAACAACAAUAUACAACAUCUGGCACUUGCAUUACUCACACCAGUCCUUGCGGAAAAACGCAAAGUGUCAGUCAUCAUCCUCACCAUGCGCCCCACCACUAAGAUCAGCAUGCUGGUUUCCCCACCAAGGCAUGCAGGCCAGGAGACAGCCUAAAUAAUGUGUUAUGCUGACACCUACCAGGAUUCAGACAUAUUUAUGAGGGUUUUAACCCUUUUUCCUUAUUUGAACUUCCACACUCUGCUGUUUUUGGGAUGCCCAAUUCUUCAUGGUUAGUUUCUCUUAUACUCAUUAACAUAUAUAUUACCUUAUCACCAUAGUAACAGGAGGUUACCUUAAGGAAGUCUCUCACAUUUCACCCCAGUUGCCAGUGGUCAUCUUGUGGUAUCUACUGAUCUCCUGUAGACAUUAUUGUCCAAACUCAGCAGUUCUUUCAAAAACCUCAGCACAUCACAAAUACAGAAUCAAGCCCAACAAGUUCUCUGUAUACACUCAAAAGUUUGUCUCUCUCACCAAUAGAAGUUGAUCCAAGAAAAAAGGGUAUUACCUCACCUGUCUUGUCUCUCUAAUAUUGAUUAUAGGCAUUUUAUUUAUAUUAUACAAGCUUUGUUUUACGGAUGGAGGGGGGAGUUCAGUGCUGCACUAGGGGUCGAGGAAGGAAUAAGAAUGGAGUAAGAGAGGAGAAGGGGUAAAAGGAGAGAAAAACUGCCCAGCAGGAAGGUACAGAGAGUGGGCACUUGAGCAGGGCUGUAGUCCCAGACCUGGACUGUUUUCUUAAUAAGCUGAACGCUAAAUAGCAGAGUUUAUAUUUCAGUUUGUUUCCAACACUGAGCCGUCAGUGAUUGGCUUUGACAACUCAGACAAUAUUUGAGAUCUGUCUUCUUGGCGAAUCAAGGCUUUUUUCCUCUGCAUUCCA